AUGAGUCCAUUUAUGGCUCAUUUUUUAUCUUAUUUUUCACGGCCUGGGUUAUGGUCCGAUCCAUUAGAAGAUUAUGCUGCAAUAUUAAAAUAUGAAAAUAAUGUUAUGAAUAUUAGACAAUUUAAUUGUUCCCCACAUCCAUAUUGGUUACCAAAUUUUAUGGACGUAUUUACUUGGAGUCUACCAUUUGUAGGAGAAAAAGGUAUUUUACAUGAAGGUAAAUUACUGAAUAAAGCGCUGGAAGCUGAACUAAUUACUGAUCAACUACGACAAGUACAAGACAAAACACCAGAUGAAAUUGAUAUAUGUUGUGCUCAUCUCUAUUCAAUGAGAAGUAGCUUCAAAUGUCGGGAAGUAGUUGAUAUAUAUAGUGGAAAUGCAUUAUUCAUUAUUCUUUUUGAAGAUCAUGGUAACAAAUCAAUUUGA